UUUUACUGGAUAACAAAACAAAACAAAUAUAUCGUAUCAUAUUUAUUUUAAUUAAAAUUAAAAUAUUUCAUUGAAGAAAAACAAAACAAAACAAAAAAAUGGCUUCACAUGCAUCACUUUCACCGGCAUUUGUCGACAAAAUUGAUCCAUUCAAAAAAGGAUCAUUGAAAAGAAAACAAAAACGUUCACAAGGUUCAUCACGAUAUCGUAUAACUAGUGAGAUCGAAUUGCAGCCAUUACCUUUGUUAAAAGAUGUCGGUCCAGCCGAACAAGAAAGUUUAUUCAUUCGUAAAUUAAGACAAUGUUGUGUGGCAUUUGAUUUUAUGGAUCCGGUUUUCGAUCUAAAAGGAAAAGAAAUCAAACGUGCAACAUUAAAUGAACUUGUUGAUUAUAUUAGUGCCGGUAGAGGUGUUCUUACAGAGCCCGUCUAUCCAGAAAUAAUUAAAAUGAUAUCUUGUAAUUUGUUUCGAACGUUACCGCCCAGCGAGAAUCCUGAUUUUGAUCCAGAAGAAGAUGAUCCUACAUUAGAAGCAGCUUGGCCUCAUCUACAGCUUGUAUAUGAAUUUGUAUUAAGGUUUUUCGAAUCACCUGAUUUUCAACCAACGAUAGGGAAAAAAGUAAUCGAUCAAAAAUUUGUUCUACAACUGCUAGAAUUGUUCGAUAGUGAAGAUCCACGUGAAAGAGAUUUCCUUAAGACUGUGUUACAUAGAAUUUAUGGGAAAUUUCUAGGAUUACGCGCAUUUAUUCGUAAACAAAUUAACAAUAUCUUCCUAAGGUUUAUCUAUGAAACCGAGCAUUUUAACGGGGUUGGAGAAUUGCUUGAAAUCUUGGGAAGCAUUAUUAAUGGAUUCGCGUUGCCUUUGAAAGCUGAACAUAAGCAAUUUUUGAUCAAAGUUCUCAUUCCGUUACAUAAACCGAAAUGUUUAGCAUUAUAUCACGCUCAAUUGGCUUAUUGUGUAGUGCAAUUUCUCGAAAAAGAUUCAUCAUUAACAGAAAGCGUCAUCAAUGGUCUGCUGAAGUUUUGGCCAAAAACUUGUAGUCAAAAAGAAGUCAUGUUUCUUGGCGAAAUAGAAGAAAUUCUCGAUGUGAUAGAUCUUGUUCAAUUCGAUAAAAUUCAAGUACCAUUAUUCAAACAGAUAGCAAAAUGUGUUUCAAGUCCACAUUUCCAAGUUGCUGAACGCGCAUUAUUUUUCUGGAAUAAUGAUUAUAUUAUGAGCCUGAUCGAAGAGAAUACAAACGUUAUCAUGCCAAUAAUGUUCCCCGCAUUAUAUCGUAUUUCCAAAGAACAUUGGAAUCAGACAAUUAUCGCACUUGUAUAUAAUGUUUUGAAAACUUUUAUGGAACUAAAUUCCAAGUUGUUCGAUGAGCUUACGGCCUCAUAUAAAGUUGAAAGACAAAAGGAAAAGAUUAAAGAAAAAGAGCGUGAUGAACUAUGGAAACGGUUAGAAGAAUUGGAGCUGACCGAUAAACAGCAAUCAUCACCACAGAAUAGUAAUCAAUCAAUGGCCAAUGAUAAAUCCUUAUCUUUACCUUUACCGUCAACAUUAUCAACGUAUACAUCAACAACGACAACCAAUAAUCAAAUUUCAGUAAAAUCUCCCAUAUUUUCUUCAACUUCUUUGCCAUAUUCUGCAUCUUCUUUAUCGGCAACAACAUCAACAUCUAAUAACAAUAAUUCAUCAUCAUCGAACCCUUUGAAUUCUUCGGCAACACUUUCAAAUUCGAAUUCGAGUCAUAUGCAAGCUGCAUAGCUAUAUAUAUCACCCACCCAAACAGACUCACGCAUACAUCAAUUUUUCGGUUGUUUCCACAAUUGUCUAUGUAGACCCGUUUCUUUUUAUGCUCCAUUAUUAAUUAUUGUUUGUCGAACAUAACACCAUCAAUCCAUUGAUGAUGUUAUGAUAAAGUAAUUUUGUACAAAAAAAACGUUUCACUUUUAACAAUUAUAAUCCAUUUAAUUAUUUAAAGAAUGAUCUUAUUCAUAACAUACACACACUGACCGUUAUAACAAACAAAAAAAAUUAUUGAACAUGCU